GAAGAUAACAAAAGAUUCAUUGAACAUAUAUAGGCUUUUCACAAAAAAUAAUAAUAACAAAAAGUAGAAGGAGUAGUGGACUUAAUGCACAAAAAUAAUAAGUAAAUUUGAUGCAUUAUUAUUACUUAGUUCUUUCUCUCUGUAUAUGCUUUUUUCCCUUAAAAAGUGUUUUCUCCAAACCUCUUCCAUCUUUUUCUAUCUUUAUCUUCAUCGUCACCACCACCACCAACAACUACUCCUCUCUAGUUUUCACUGCAGAAAUUCUCUAGCUAGAAACUUCCCCUCUUUGACUUCAUGCCGAGUUUGGAUCUCAGUAGUGCAAACUAAUAAAAGGAUAAUCGAGAACAAAUGCAGUCAUCGUAAUAAUUUAAAAAGACGAAGAAGGGCUUAAUAAUUGAACGGAAAUGGCUUUCCACGAGCACCAUAUGCAGCACGAGAUAGCGUUUCAGCGCUUCACCGAGGAGCAAGAACUAACAGCAGAGAAUAGGGACAUGCAGCAGCAGAGGGCGGCGGGGGUGGUUGCGCCGCCGACGUGGCUCAACAACCCUAGCAGUCAUCAUCAUCGACAGCAGCAGAAUUUCCUGCACCAGCUGCAACCACCACCACCACCACCGGAGACAGCGACCACGACGGAGAAGAGCAUGGAUCGGAACACAAGUUUCGAAUCGUCUGAUGAAUUGAGGGAAUACAAAGCAGACAUCUUAGGACACCCGCUGUACGACCAGCUUCUGUCGGCUCAUGUUUCUUGCCUGAGAAUCGCCACACCAGUUGACCAGCUUCCACGGAUCGACGCGCAGUUGCAGCAGUCGCAGCGCGUCGUUGAUAAUCUUGGGUUUAACGAACGAUAUAUCACAAUCUAUUAUUAUUAUUAUUAUUAUUAUUAUUAUUUUGAGCUUGAGGUUUAUCCGGUGAUGGGGAUUUUGAUAAUUGUUAAGACACAUUAUGUUCUGCUGCUAUGUGCGUUCAAGGAACAGUUGCAGCAACAUGUCCGUGUUCAUGCCAUGGAAGCAGUGAUGGCUUGUUGGGAUCUCGAGCAGUCUCUACAAAGCUUGACCGGUGUAUCUCCUGGGGAAGGAACGGGAGCAACAAUGUCGGACGACGAAGAUGAGCAAGCGGAGAGCAACGGUGGCGGCGGUGGCGGGGGGAACCUAUACGAAGGAAGCUUUGACGGUGUUGAUAGUCUUGGUUUUGGUCCUCUUGUGCCGACUGAGAGUGAAAGAUCGUUGAUGGAGCGAGUGAGGCAUGAACUGAAGCAUGAACUCAAACAGGGUUACAAGGAGAAGAUCGUUGACAUCCGAGAAGAGAUUCUCCGCAAGAGAAGAGCUGGCAAGCUUCCUGGUGACACCACCUCCCUUCUCAAAGCUUGGUGGCAAUCACAUUCUAAAUGGCCCUACCCUACUGAGGAAGACAAGGCCAGGCUGGUGCAGGAAACUGGAUUGCAAUUAAAGCAGAUAAAUAAUUGGUUCAUAAAUCAAAGGAAAAGGAACUGGCAUACUAACCCCUCUUCCUCUAGUAACUCUAAAACCAAGCGCAAGAGCAGUGCAGGUGAGAGCAGUAACCAAAGCUUCAUGUGAUGAACCAAAAGGAAAUUAAGAUAUAUACAUACAUAUAUAUAUAUAUCUAUAACAUUAUAAUGCUAGUCUUCGAUUGCUUGCUGGGAUUCUUAGACCUUAAUUAACGUCCGAGGGCUACUGAUAUGGAUGUAAAAGGGGAUAUAUAUCACUCUUGAAUAUUUUUGCUUUAAACACAGUAAACCCUAAUAUUGAUGUACAUAUAUGACUAUAUAUAUUUUCUGCCUUUAUG